AUGUUAUCGGAAGAAUAUGACGAUCCUGAUGCAAUCUGCGAAUCUUCGGCAUCUUUGGUUGAAGGGUGCCGUUUACCGGUUCGAAUGCGUUUAGGAGAUGAUUGGCCACUGGCAGAAAUAAUUAGUAUCAAAGACAUCAAGGGGAUUAUGCAGUUUUAUGUUCAUUAUGUUGAUUUUAACAAAAGAUUAGACGAAUGGGUAACAGAAGAAAGACUGGACUUGCGAAAAGUUCAGUUCCCUCGCAAAGAUGGUACCAAAGAAACAGGUUGUGCCACACCAAAAAGAAUAGGCUUAGGAGGAGGUCAAAUACCAAACAGUGGUGGAUCAGUUACACCUCAGCCUGUGGAAAAGGAAAGACAAGCUUCAAGGCCAACUUCUCCGGUUACUCCGAUUCAAUCGGAUUUUAUCAGUGGAUCUACAAGAAAAGGAACAUUUACAGAAUCAGAAACAAAUUGUGUCACUGAUUCAUUAGAUGGUUCUCCGGCAGCUCCUAGACUUACAGGAAGUAUGGUUGCUCAUGGUUCAGAUGAUGUAGUCACAAGAAUGAAAAAUGUAGAAAUGAUAGAAUUAGGACGGCAUAGAAUCAGACCUUGGUACUUUUCACCUUAUCCUCAAGAACUUGUUACAUUACCAUGCAUUUAUAUUUGUGAAUUUUGUUUAAAAUAUACAAAAACUAAAAAGUGUUUAGAAAGGCAUUUGGCUAAGUGUAAUUUGAGACAUCCUCCUGGUAAUGAAAUUUAUAGAAAAGACACAAUAUCAUUUUUUGAAAUCGAUGGACGUAAAAACAAAAACUAUGCGCAAAAUCUAUGUUUAUUAGCCAAGUUAUUCCUUGAUCACAAAACUUUGUAUUACGAUACAGAUCCCUUUCUUUUUUACGUAAUGACUGAUUAUGACAAUCGGGGAUUUCACAUUGUUGGAUAUUUUUCAAAAGAAAAAGAAUCUACCGAAGAUUAUAAUGUUGCAUGCAUACUUACCUUGCCCCCUUAUCAAAGAAAAGGAUACGGGAAAUUGUUAAUUGAAUUCAGUUACGAAUUAUCAAAAUUUGAAGGAAAAACAGGGUCACCUGAAAAACCUCUAUCGGAUUUAGGUUUACUUUCGUAUCGGAGUUAUUGGGCUCAAACCAUUCUUGAACUGUUAAUCACAGCUAAACCAAUAGGAGAAAAUGAAAAACCUCAAAUUACGAUAAAUGAAAUUUGUGAGUUAACUAGUAUAAAAAAAGAAGACGUUAUUUCAACUCUACAAAAUUUAAAUUUAAUUAAUUAUUAUAAGGGACAAUACAUAAUUACAUUGAGCGCUGAAACUAUAACAACGCACAUGGCUGCCAUGGAUAAAAGAAAAAUUAGAAUCGAUCCUAAAUGUUUACACUGGACACCAAAAGAUUGGUCAAGAAGAGUUCAUAAAUGGUAA